CCCCCCUACAUUAGGAGGGGAUCCGGGGCCGCUGCCCGUUUUCCGUCUUGGUAUUCCCGGCUGACACAACGGUUCUCCAGAGUGAUAACCGAGGCACACCAGUAGCAGUCCACGAUGGCACGGCAGGGGAUACAUUCCGCCCGGAACAACCCAAGAUCUGGGAAUCCCAGUGACGACCCCGGGGUCCUCCGGGGUCCCCCGAUUUCGUCUGAACCGACGAACUGGAAGGAGGCGAGCCUUGGAACGAUGGGGGAUAUGAUAUAUAUUAAGAUGCAACAUUCUCUCCCUCCCUCCUCUCUUUCUCCCUCCCCCCCUCUCUCCUCCUCUUCCCCUCCUCCCCGCCGUUCUCUCUCCAUGAGCCUCAAUUCUUGCUCCGAGCGCGGUGUAUUUCCCCCACGAGGAAUUGACAAAAGAAAAAGAAAAAGACAAGACUCUCGAGAACGAUGGGUCGCGGCGCUGCUUUCCUAGGCCUCGCCUCGCUCCUCGUGGGCGCGGCCAAGGCCCAGACGCCCGGCGAGGGCGAGGAGGUGCACCCGCAGAUCACGACGUACCGCUGCACCAAGGCGGACGGGUGCGAGGAGAAGACCAACUACAUCGUGCUGGACGCCCUAUCGCACCCGGUCCACCAGGUCGACAACCCGUACAACUGCGGCGACUGGGGCCAGAAGCCCAACGAGACGGCCUGCCCGGACCUCGAGUCGUGCGCCAGGAACUGCAUCAUGGACCCGGUCUCGGACUACGGCCGGCACGGGGUCUCGACCGACGGCACCUCGCUGCGCCUCAAGCAGCUAGUCGGCGGCAACGUCGUCAGCCCGCGCGUCUACCUGCUCGACGAGACCAAGGAGCGCUACGAGAUGCUCAAGCUGACCGGCAACGAGUUCACCUUUGACGUCGACGCCACCAAGCUGCCCUGCGGCAUGAACAGCGCCCUCUACCUCUCCGAGAUGGACGCCACCGGCGCCCGGAGCGAGCUCAACCCGGGCGGCGCCACCUUUGGCACCGGCUACUGCGACGCCCAGUGCUACGUCACCCCCUUCAUCAACGGCCUCGGCAACAUCGAGGGCAAGGGCGCGUGCUGCAACGAGAUGGAUAUCUGGGAGGCCAACGCGCGGGCGCAGCACAUCGCGCCGCACCCGUGCAGCAAGGCGGGGCCGUACCUGUGCGAGGGCGCCGAGUGCGAGUUCGACGGCGUGUGCGACAAGAACGGCUGCGCCUGGAACCCGUACCGGGUCAACGUGACGGACUACUACGGCGAGGGCGCCGAGUUCAGGGUGGACACGACCCGGCCCUUCUCGGUCGUCACGCAGUUCCGCGCCGGCGGCGACGCGGGGGGCGGCAAGCUCGAGAGCAUCUACCGGCUCUUCGUCCAGGACGGCAGGGUGAUCGAGUCGUACGUCGUCGACAAGCCCGGCCUGCCCCCGACGGACCGCAUGACGGACGAGUUCUGCGCCGCCACCGGCGCCGCCCGCUUCACGGAGCUCGGCGCCAUGGAGGCCAUGGGCGACGCCCUGACGCGCGGCAUGGUCCUCGCCCUCAGCAUCUGGUGGAGCGAGGGCGACAACAUGAACUGGCUCGACUCGGGCGAGGCCGGCCCCUGCGACCCGGACGAGGGCAACCCGUCCAACAUCAUCCGCGUCCAGCCCGACCCGGAGGUCGUCUUCAGCAACCUGCGCUGGGGCGAGAUCGGCUCAACCUACGAGUCCGCCGUCGACGGGCCCGUCGGCAAGGGCAAGGGCAAGGGCAAGGGCAAGGCUCCCGCCGGCGACGGCAACGGGAAGGAGAAGAGCAAUGGCAAGCGCUUCAGGAGGUUCUGAGCAACCUUGAUAUUAUUUUUUUCUUUCUUUCCUUCACCAGUUAAUUAGUUGCCUUUGAUUAGAAAGAGAGAGAGAAAACAAAGGGGAGUAGUAAUUAGACCACGAUGCUGCAUAUAGAACAGAUCUGUAGUGUAGACGUGUGUAUGUUACAUGAUAACCCG